AUUAGUUCAAGGAAUUAGCAAAUCAAACUAUCAAACUACGCACUUUCGGUAGUCAGGAAUUUGACAGCUAGCCGCCACGGUGGUUAUACGUAUAUCCCCCCGCCAAGCCGGCGUCUUUUAUACAGAUACAGACUCCCUCCAACCACGUUGCCGAAUACCGAUGAUCUCCACUCAGGGGUAACUAAAUAUAUGUGUAUAUAAGACGAUGGGCCAUUUCUACGACAUUCUCAUAUUAGCGUCACAACUGCGGAUAAUCACCUGGAAUCUUCAUCGCACCUUUGCCCUAACAUAAAUAUGGCUGUCAAAGGUAUCAAGGACGACGGAGGUUCCUCGGAUGAUAUUCAGAACAUAGAAGAUGCCAUCACUCCUACGGAUCUCGAUCCAAAAGCGGACAAGAAGCUCCUGCGUCGCCUCGACCUACAUGUCCUACCAUGGCUGUGUCUUCUUUAUGCUCUAUCUCUAUUUGACAGAAACAGCAUUUCUACCGCAAAGAUAACAGGCUUAGUGGACGACCUAAAGCUUGUUGGCAACCACUAUUCAGUUGCACUCCUAUCUUUCUUCCCGACCUAUAUUCUAAUCGAACUUCCUGCCAACACGCUCAUUCGCAAAUUCGGACCCAAAAGAAUGUUAACGGGCAUGAUUAUCUGCUGGGGUACUGUGGCCAUGUGCUUUGGAUUUGUGAAUACAUUCAGCCAAUUAAUUGCUCUAAGAGUUUUACUUGGCAUCUUUGAAGGCGGGUUCAAUCCUGCUUGCGUCUAUCUAAUAUCGUCUUGGUACAAGCGAUACGAGGUACAGCAACGCAUAGCUAUCUGGUACAUUUCCGGAUCCUUCAUAUCCGGUUUCAGUGGCAUUAUAUCCUACGGUUUAAGCAGCAUGGAGGGUGUCGGUGGUCUGCGUGGAUGGCGCUGGAUUUUUAUCAUCCCAGGAAUUCUCACUAUCUGCAUGGCCGUUCCGAUUUACCUGUUCGUCUCCGACUUUCCCGAGAAGGCAACAUGGCUUAGACCCAAUGAGCUGGCGCGAAUUCAGUCUCGGCUCGAGGAGGAUAGAGGGGAGAAGAUGGAAGACAAAAUCACGCGCAAGGUCCUCAUCGAAGUCUAUUCUGAUUGGAAACUAUGGGUUUUAUCGCUACUACAUUUCUUCAUCACUUCUGGAGCGUAUGCCAUGUCGUUCUUUACUCCAUCAAUCCUCAGGGGUUUUGGUUACGACGUAGCAUUGAGUCAAAUACUUGUCACCCCGCCGUAUGUCUGUGCAGCUCUCUGUGCCAUUGGAAGCUCGAUCUUAGCCGACAGAUAUCGCAAGCGUAGUCCAUUUCUCGUUGGGUUUAUGAUGCUAGCAAUACUUGGCAUUGUACUAAUUGGUUGGGGCCACAAUACCGGUAUGAAGCUUACAGGAGUGUUUUUCGCUAUUACGGGUACGACUUGUGCUACUCCAGCUGUGCUGGCGUUUAUGGUCAACAACAUCGUUGGAUCCGCGAAGCGCCAAGCUGGAAUCCCACUUCAACUCAUGUUUGGUGGCCUUGGUGGGGUUGCUCCUUCGCUGUGGUUCAGAAAUCAGGAUGCUCCAUACUAUAUGCCUGGGCUGUAUGCCUCACUCACCUCGUUCUCCAUGUGCGCGAUUGGCGCUGCAUCGAUGGCGCUCUAUUACCGCAAUCAAAACCGAAAGGCCGAUAAGUACGGAAUAAUUCUUGAGGGACUAGAGGGAUUUCGAUAUACUCUGUGAACAAGACGAACCAAACUGUUGUUGGGGGGGGCCGAGCUGCGCAGGCAGACUGUACCUUUCGGAUUUUCCUACCACGCUCAUAAACCGUGGAUGCGCGGAGAUGAUGCGGAAAUAGGGAUGAGGAAGAUGAAAAGGG